UGCAAUCGUCCUCGCAGGGCCGCGGACUCUCUUCCAGUUACUCUUCUCGAGCCUAUCUUUGGCGAAUUUGUGGAUGAUUGCCAAAAUUAUCAACCAACUGACUACGAUAACGACUUUGUUUGGAAACUUUCGGAAAAUAUGUCCUCCUUCCAUCCCGAUGAGCUCACGCGCAUGAAUGUAUUCAGGCAUCUGCUCCGCGGCUACGGUAUCAUACUCCAUUCCUCUGCGAUUGGCUCGACAAAAUAUACGACUGACGGACAUCUUUUGUCCGCCGACGGAAAUUUUGUGCAGGUGAUAUUGGAGGGGAAAAAUGAGAUCAGAAGCCGCGGUGCCGAACCAUUCGCGGAGUCAAUAUUGUACUACCACAAGAUUCUAAAAGAGUCGAACGCCGGAAUAGAGAAGUUUCGGUCUGUACUUCCAUGCAUCCAUAUCAUUGUCUUCGGGGCAUGCAUUGGCUUUGCUGGCUCUGUUUUCAUCGAAAAAGUCCAAUGUGAUGUCCUGGCCCCUAUCAUUCCUCUGUUUUGGCAUUCAACGGACCUCCGUAUGCAAGAGAUGGCAGCUCGAACUUUCGGAGCUCUCAAAAUUGCCAUCGAGAAACUCACAAAGCUGUACUCGAGUCCAAUUAUCCAUCUCAAAGCUGAAGAUUCUCUACGACAUCCCUAUCCUCAGACAUAUACCUCUUCAAGCGGUCACAUUCAGGAAUUCUCGUAUGACAAGACUCAGAUGUUCAGGGAUCGACGUAUCUUCUUUGGGAAAACCGUCAAUGACGCAGCUGAGAGCAAGAUAUGUAUCAAGUUCGUCAGACACUAUUCCCCUGAGGCCCACAGAUUCUGUGCCAGCAAGGGGCACGCUCCGGAUCUUAUCGCCUACGAACCUUUAGCCGGCGGCUGGAAAAUGGUGAUUAUGGAUGUGCUUGAUAUUGAUGAGGGUCUCCUCGCGCAACGGCCUGGCUCAUAUCGACCGCUGAGCGCGAUGGCUGUUUCGGAACGCCUGCCACUGAAGGAGGCCAUCACGUGUCUUAUCGAGGAUUUACACAGAUACAACGGCGGCUACGUUCAUGGCGACCUUCGGGAUACCAAUUUCGUUGUGGGAGACGACAAUCAAUUCAUGCUGUUCGAUUUCGAUUGGGCUGGACCGAUCGAGAAGGCCCGUUAUCCUAUGCAUGUUAAUCGGACAGAUAUUCGACGUCCUGAAGGCGCGUGUGAUGGGAAGAAGAUUGUGGCGAAGCAUGACUUGGAAAUGCUGAAGUAUCUGUUUCCUGAGCAAGAUGGUCGGGAGCCAGUUAGGAAGCGCCCUCGUCUUUCUACUGGUGAAGGGUCGUCAAUUUGA